UAUGAAAAGUGUCAGCUGGGGCAAAACUGUGUCUAAUUCCUUUGGUUGAGUAAUUGAAAUAGGAAUAGUUCAAAAUGUGUUUCAUCCACAUUUCUGUUCCCUUCUAAAUCUGUCGUUUUUCCUGACUUGCUUCCUCAGGAGCAAGAGAUGGAAGCAGAGGAGCAGGAAGAAAACUGUCAGUUUGAUCUGGAGAAGAUGAAGAUCACAGAGGGAGGAAAUAUGAUGCUGAUGACUUUCGAUGAGGUGGCUUUGUAUUUCUGCCAGGCAGAGUGGGGGCCUCUUGGAUGAAGAGCAGAGGGAAAUCUACAAGGAUGUCAUGCAGGAAAAUUAUGAGACUCUGAUCGCCCUGGGUACAACUCUCAUAUAUGAUUUCCGAUUCCCAAGCCUGAGAUGAUAGCCCAGGUGGAAAGAGGGGAAGAGCCAUUUGUCCCAGAUCUCCAGCACUCUGAGGAAAUGGAGAUGCUGAUGGUCGACUGCACAGGCUCGCUCCUGGCUCCUCCCCGGAAGCGUCCUUUGCCCUCCCAGUCUCCAAGCAGGAAGCUGCAAUCUGCCGUGUGAGUGAGAUCUGCGAGGCUACAGCGCAUCCUCUCUCCCAGAGGCGAGCCCGGGACUGGAGGCUGCAAUCCCUGUCGGCGUGUUCUUGCAGCAGUCCCAGCAGUUACAGCCUUUGGAUCCAGCCAGUAGUGGAGCUGUAUCUCCUAGGAGAUACUCUAAUGCUUUUUAAAAAAUACUACUGUAGACAGGGUACCAUUGGCAUUUUAUGGUGUGGUUGUGCUGUCCUAGCAGGGCUUUAUGGCAAAGGGCUGAUGGAACUCAACAGGGAUGUCAUGCAGGAGAACUACCAGAAUCUCAUCUCACUAGGUUUUCCAAUUCCUAAAUGUGACAUGGCCUCCCAAAUGGAAAAAGUCAAAGAACUAUCUGACUCAGGUCACCAGGCUUUCAAGGAAACAGAGAUCUUGAAAUACAGCCCCACAGGCGAUCACAGUGGAGAGGAGGAGAUUCCUCAGCAGGAAGAUUCUGCAAGCAUGGAACUGCAGCGGGUGUUUUCAGAGAGAUCCGGAGGAGACAUAUCCCAGGGUCCUGACCUGGGGAAAGCCCAUGUGAGUCAGCACAACUCAGCAAUGCCACAGAGAGAGGACCCUUCAGAGAGGAAACCAACUGAAUCCACUCAUGGCGAACGAGACCUCCAGGAGCAACGAGAGGACGUCAUCCCCCGACGAACACCCCGAUCAGAGAGACCAACCAUAUGUUCUGAAUGUGGGAAGGGCUUCAGUCGAAGCAUACACCUGAUCCAGCAUCAGAGAAUGCACACGGGGGAGAGACCCUUCAAAUGCACAGAGUGCGGGAAAGGCUUCAGCCAGAGCUCGCACCUUAUUCAGCACCGGAGAAUCCACACGGGCCAGAAGCCCUACACAUGUCACGAGUGUGGGAAGAGCUUCAGCCAGAGCUCCAACCUUAUCAAACACCAGAGGAUCCACACAGGACACAAGCCCUAUGUAUGCACUGAGUGUGGGAAGAUCUUCAGUGAUAGCUCCACAUGUAUAAAACACCAGAGAAUGCACACGGGAGAGAAGCCGUACAAAUGUCCUGAGUGUGGCAAAAAUUUUAGCCAGCGCUCACACCUCAUCCAGCACCAGAGGAUCCACAACGGCGUCAAGCCCUACACGUGCAUGGAGUGUGGGAAGAGCUUUGGCCAGAGCUCCGAUCUGAUCAACCACAGCAGGACCCACACCGGGGAGAAACCCUACAAAUGCACUGAGUGUGGGAAGUGCUUCAGUGGGAACUCCAAUCUGAUCAAACACCAGAGGAUCCACACGGGAGAGAAUCCCUACCACUGUGCUCAGUGCGGGAAGUGCUUCCGCUUCCAGCCACAGCUUGUGCGGCACCAGAAACACCACGCACAGUAGGGACCACCAUUGCUGGGAAGAGGGGGAAUACGGCCCUCCUGUAGGGAGAAGGCUAGCUGAGCAUUGCGGUGUGAUGUGGGGAGGGAGCACGUCCUCAGUGUGAUGAUGGUUUGAGCCAUUGUUUGGGAAUGGGUAUGAAGCACCACAAUAGGAGGAAACUGGGAAGAGUUAAGUAUUCAGGAGAAUCAUGGCCUUUUAUUUUUAAUAGUGAUAAGGGUAAAACAUGGAUCAAAUCAUAACACUUUCUCAGUACAUUGAUCAGGCUUUGGCAUCCUGGCCCGACUUCACCCUGGCCUUGUGGCUCCCUUCAGAACCCAAGCUCCUGUUUCCCACUUUCUGGUACAUUUUUUAGAUAUUCGUUCCUAUCGAUUAUAUUUAUUUAACCCCACUCCCCCAACCCCACAUUGUGAUAGUACUUGGGCCAUAUCCUUGGAACUGUACUUGCUGAAUAAAUGGUAGUGAAAUUAAUGUGUCUGUGACAAAUACGCUGCUGUUUGACAACUUAGUCCAUGAGAGCAAGUCAAUUAACAUCCUAAUAGACAUUUCUCUCAGAAAGAUGCUUGCUCAAGUGCCCUUGUGGGUGGCACUUUAUGAAAAUUAUAAAGGUGUAAUUAGUAUGUAGGAUGAAUUUGUUUUAACUGUGAUCUGCUAAUUGACAAUUGGUGAACAGGAGGAGGAUGACAUGCAUCGAAAAAAAAUUAAGCUAUUUGUCCAACUUUAAUUUGAAACUAAAUGUGUUCUUAAACUUUAAUAUGAAUUUUAAUUUCAUAAUUCUGUUUUUUUCCCCCUUGAAUAAAUCUGUUUUUAACUUAAA